AUGGCGUUCCUCAUGAUGUACCCAGCUGUAGCCAUUCUAUCUCUGUUUGUGUUGAUGGUUAUCAUCCUGAUACUGAGAUUUGGUUCACGCUGGUGCAGGCUGAGACACACAACAUUCGCAGAUCAGGAGAUUUGGAAUGAGGAGGAAGCUUAUGAGCAGAAAGUCUCAUAUGCCUGAUGCAUUUUAGGUUAGGUUGAUGAUGGUGCAAAUUCCGUUGUAAACAAUCUCUAAAGUAAACUAAAAUAAUGUUUUGUAGUGUCCCUUAUCAUUAGUUUAUGCUAACAAACAUGUUGUCAUACUGGUUUUUGACAAAAGAUGUAUUAUCAUUGCUUCAGUCAUAUUUCCUCCCUUGUGUUAGAAAAUAGUUAAGCAAGUUAGAGCUAAAAAUACAAGUUUUAUGUUUAUCUGUCACAAAAGUUGUUUUUAGUGUAAAUAAAAUGGCAGUAAUGCAUACUACAUAAGCUUACAUAGACCUUGGUAUAAAUUAUACACAGUAUUACCCAAUGUUUCCUGCACAAAUGUGAUAAUGUAUGUAACCUGCCAAAUCACUUUAGAGAUUGUCCACACCCAAAUUGGCACCAAUAUAUUAAUUAAUUUUGGGGUCGUGAACUGUCCAAAACUACCUACUGCCUUAUUUUUAAAAGGCUGUUAAAUUAAUGGUGACUCAAAAUGGUUAACGGCCAGAAGGAUUUUUGUCUCUGUCAUAUGUAUGGAAUUCAAUAACAGAGACAGCCCUAUACUAUUUCUUUGGAUAGAGUAUUAGUUGGUAUGAAGUGAUGACAUUACUCAUUAUUUUAAUAAUAAUAUGUAAACUUUCAUGAGUACCCAAAAUUAAAUAAUAUUUAUAAAUAAUCACAUAUUUAAUCCGUCUUAAUUUCACAAUUCCGUCCAAUGGAACCUUUUUUACACAGUUAUAUUAACAUAGUUUAAGAUUUUUACUCUUUUAUAGCUUGUAAGUGUGAAAGUGCAUUGCUGUGUACACUUAUUACUUAUGUAUUCAAAGUGUAUAACUCAUGUU